GCCUGCUGGGAAACCAUUUUUGCAAGCAGACUGACAACGCUCAGCUAAAGAACAGGAAGAGAAGAUUGAGCAGAGCCAUCUCUGACACACUUCUUGGAUCUCCAGCUGCCUGAGGUUCCUUUCAUGGGAAAAGUGAAGGACAAGUGUGGGCCCUUGGCUCGGAGGCCAGACAACUCUGCUUUCAAACAGCAGCGGCUCCCUGCCUGGUCUCCCAUGCUAACGGCUAACACCGUGCUGCCCUUCUUCUACUUCAUGGCUCUGUUGUGCAUGUUCCUCGGCGUGUGGCUGCUGCUAACUGUGCAGGACACACAGGAACUAAAGCUGGACUACACAGAUGCUGGGACAUGUAUAACUUGUUUUGAAAUGCGGAAAAAUUUGAGCAAAGCAGCAGAUACUUGUAAAUGCACGCUGGAGUUUCAAAUUGAGGAGACAUUCAAGGGAGAUGUCUUCUUCUACUAUGGCCUCCAGAACUUCCAUCAGAACCUCCGCAGAUACAUGGACUCCAGAGAUGAUGGACAGAUGGUUGGAAGAAAGAAUAAAUUGAAGAACCCAAGCACAUACUGCACGCCGUUCGAAACGAACCAAGAUGGCCUCCCCAUUGCCCCCUGCGGUGCUGUGGCCAACAGCAUCUUCAACGACUCCUUCACGCUGCACUAUCUGGGCACCAGCGGCUCCGUGGUCCCUCUGUUACGGACGGGCAUCAGCUGGUACACUGACAAAAACAUCAAGUACCGCAACCCGGCGAACGGCAGCAUGCCGUUAGCUCAAGUGUUUGAAGGUACUGCGCAGCCGCCGUACUGGCACAAACCCGUGUACGAGCUCGACACCCACAGCCCAAACAACAACGGCUUCAUCAACGACGACCUGAUAGUGUGGAUGAGAGAGGCGGCCUUCCCCAACUUCAAGAAGCUCUACGGGGUCUUGCACCGAGGCGACAAGACCUUCACCAAGGGUCUGCCUGCAGGGAACUACAGACUUAACGUGUCCUACAACUUCCCUGUGCAGUACUUCCGAGGCAGAAAGGAAGUGGUGCUGACCACGCUGACCUGGUUCGGAGGACAGAAUCACUUCCUGCCGGUGGCCUACCUCGUAACCAGCUGCCUGAUCCUCCUUGUGGCCGUCGUCCUCACGGUGGUGUGGUUCAAGUUUGGGAAGAACGAGAGGAAGAUGCAGGAAUGAAGGCUGAGAGACAAUUCGUUGAGAUGUACUUUGAUGCAAGCAAAUGAUGGUUAAGGAGAACGGGAUGAAAAAUAAAUUUAGAAUUGUGUUUUAUGUCUGGACAUUACCAUCCCAGCAAUGUCCAGACACAUCAGGGAUUUUAUUGUGAGAUUUCUCUAAACUUUUGCAUCGUUUUAAAUACAUUCCGUUUUGGUGAUGCACUGUCAAUGUCUGAUAUUUAUUAAUUUACUGAGGGGUUAU